UCAUCUGACAUAGUGUCAAAAAAUUGUCAUUGUUUUCGUUUUAUUCACUUUUUCGCGAAGUUUAUUCCGAGAAAACGAAUAAUUUCUUCACUUAGAAAAGUUUUUUUUAAUUAGUAAUAAAAGAGUACAAAUAGGGAAUAUUUCAACAAUUUCUCAAAUGUCAAUAACAAGACAAGGUGUUUAAGGAGGAAAAUGUCCAAUUUAAACUAUAUGGACAGAGUUCCUGUUAAAAUAGCAGAAAGUUUUAAACCACCACCUAGAUUGUAUCAACUGCCUCAGUCUAUAGUUCAUAAAUUGCAAUUACCAGCGGAGCAUUAUAAUGAAGCUCCACAAUAUUGUUAUGACUUCCAGUUGGAAAAAAAGGUUCUUGCCAAAAUGCCUGAGUGGCGACGAUUAAGACAGCAGGAGCGAGAAGCACGCCGUGAACGAAAUGAUCAAAGGGAGCAAGAACGUUUACAAGAGCUUGAAGCCAGAAAUAAACGUAUGCUUGGCGCAGUAAAUUAUCCGAGUACCGAUGAUCUGUCUGGUUCGGAUGGUGAGACAGAAUGUAAACAAACAAAUAUAGUUGAAAGAGAAAAAAAGGAGUCUGAUACAGAAGAAAAAUUAAUUUUACCCCCGCAAAUAAACAGUUUUCAUAACAUACUACAACCAACUAUUGUUUCCAGUAUAUGUGAAAAUUCAACAAUUCAACAAUUAAAUGGUAUGACAGCAUCGUGUUUGGAAGCACAUGCUAAGGCCGGAAAAUAUUGCAGCGGUGCAAAAGAAGUAAAUGCAUUUAAUUAUAAAGAUUUCGAAGAAGAUACAUCAUCACCUUUUGAUAAUAUUGAGUUAAAAACAAUUAAUGAUUUAGAUAUAUUGGCGCAAGUGCUUCAUAACACGCAAUUGCAUGUCCAAAAUAAGGAAAUAGAGGAUAAGACGGAAAAAUUGUCGCAUGAGCAAAAAAUGGAGAAAAUUCAAGUAGGAAUUAAAUCUGAGCUAACAUCCAAAGAUAAUACUCACAAAAAUAUUACAGCAGAAAAUAAUAAGGUUGAGUUUAAAAAGUUUGACUUUGAGAAAUUAAAUCAACAGGUUUGGCAUAAUGAAAACAUUCCAAAUCCAAUUGCUGCAAAUAACAGUAUGACUAAUGCUAUGAAUUGUAUAAGUAAUAACAGCAACACACCGCUAGACUCAUACGAUUCACUUAUUAAUCCUUCACAUCAUACUCAACAAAAAUCCUUUCAAACGUCUUACAAUACAUUAUAUAAUAGUGAAGAAAUUGCGCAGAAGUAUUUAAAUUUUAAUGCCCAAACACAAAACGCUUCUGCUAUUUUGGGUAAUCACAAUUACCUUUAUACACCCAAUUACAAUGGUAGCCCUUCGGUUUACGAUAGCCCCAGACAUUUACUAAAUCAUUCAACUGAUGUUAAUUCUACACACUGUAUUGGCAGCAAUGCUAAUAACUAUGUAAGCCCGAUUAAUGUCAGCAAUGAAUCACAUUUGCAAAAUCAGCAAUUUUUAAACACCAGCAAUUACAUAGAUUCAAAGUCCAGGAGCGUUCCAGAUAUAUUGGAAGAGUUAAGUGACGAAGUUCGAAAUUCAGAAAUACGUAGGUCCCGUUACUAUAGUUUUAAUUCUGAAGAAGAAAAACAAGCUGAUGUCAAGGAUUUUGAUGAAGAUAGAACUCCAAAGCAGUCACCUGUGAAAGUAACACACACAUCACAAGAGGCAAAUCAUUUUGGCAAAUUGCCUCUGCCUGCACAACGAUUAGUUACAAAUAUUAGUUCUAUGGGCUUUCCGUUGGAGCGGGUGGCGAAAAUUUCCACAAUUUUCGGUACGGAUGAUAAAAAGAUCAUUGAGCAUCUAAUACCACUUAGUGAAUUAAUGGAUCUGGGUUUCGACGAAGCGAAAAUCUCCGAGGCGCUAUUUAAAUUCAAUAACAAUAAAGAGAAAGCCUUGGAAUAUUUAAUAUCAUAAUCGAUUGUGCCCGGUAGUGUCCUAUACUAUACAUCUAUAUAUACAUAUUAGUCUUUAAAUGCAAUGUAUUUAUGUAAUGUAUUAUUAUUAUUUAAAACAAUUAUAUAGUAUACCUUUUGUGCAAGUAAUAAUGAAGAAUUGAGAGAACUAUGAUAAACUUCAACCGUUCUCAAUGUACAUACAUGCCAGAAAUUUCAUCAAAAUGUAAAAAAAAAAAACA